CGUUAUUUUAUUUUUUAAAGAGGAAACUAUGACGGCGAAGAACCGCCCUCUUCCGCCGUUGCUGAGCAACAGAGGAAGCUUCCUACUCGCCACCAUCCCAGCUUGGUUCAGCAGCUUGGUAGCCGACUUUUACACCUAUUUUUUUUCCUACCAACGUAAUGGAGGUGACGAUGGACCCUUUGUUCCUGGCGUGGAGCUAUUUCAGGAGGCGGAACCUCCAAAAAUGUUCAGAUAUUUGCUCAAAGAUAUUACAAGACAACCCCUACGACCAGGCUGCCUGGAGCUUGAAAACCCGUGCUCUUACAGAGAUGGUGUACAUUGAUGAAAUUGAGGUCGACCAGGAAGGCAUUGCUGAGAUGAUGCUAGAUGAGAGCUCUAUUGCUCAAGUUGCUCGACCUGGAACAUCGCUGAGGCUCCCUGGAACAAGCCAGGGCGGAGGUCCUACUCCAGCUGUCAGGCCUAUGACACAAUCAGGUCGUCCUAUUACAGGGUUUGUGAGACCCAGCACACAGUCAGGGCGUCCUGGCACAAUGGAGCAGGCCAUCAAGACCCCACGCACUGCAAGCACUGCUCGUCCUGUCACUAGCGCUUCUGGCAGAUUCAUCCGUCUCGGAACAGCUUCAAUGUUAACCAACCCAGAAGGACCGUUUAUAAACUUGUCGAGAUUGAAUCUGGCCAAGUAUUCCCAAAAGCCCAAUUUAUCCCGGACACUGUUUGAGUACAUCUUCCAUCAUGAAAACGAUGUAAAAAAUGCUUUAGAUUUGGCUGCUCAAGCUACUGAGCAUGCUCAGUUCAAAGACUGGUGGUGGAAAGUUCAGCUGGGGAAAUGCUACUACAGGCUUGGUUUAUAUCGAGAAGCAGAAAAACAGUUUCGAUCAGCUCUCAACCAUCAAGAGGUGGUGGAUUCAUAUCUUUACCUUGCGAAGGUGUAUCAGCGCCUGGAUCAACCAAUAACAGCACUCAACCUUUUCAAACAAGGCCUGGACCACUUUCCUGGUGAGGUUACUCUUCUAACAGGAAUCGCUCGCAUACAUGAGGAGAUGAACAACAUCUCAUCAGCCACAGAGUAUUACAAAGAUGUCCUGAAGCAGGACAACACUCACGUGGAGGCUAUUGCCUGUAUAGGCAGCAAUCACUUCUACACUGAUCAGCCUGAGAUCGCUUUGCGCUUCUACAGGCGGCUCCUCCAGAUGGGAGUGUAUAACUGCCAGCUGUACAACAACCUGGGUUUGUGCUGCUUCUACGCCCAGCAGUAUGACAUGACCCUGUCCUCAUUUGAGAGGGCUCUGGCUCUGGUAGCUAAUGAUGAAGAGCAGGCUGAUGUAUGGUAUAAUAUAGGACACGUGGCUGUGGGCAUAGGGGACUUGACACUGGCCUACCAGUGUUUUAAACUGGCUUUGGCUUGUAAUAAUGACCAUGCUGAGGCCUACAACAACCUGGCUGUGCUGGAGCUGCGCAAAGGUCGAAUCGAACAGUCGAAAGCCUUCCUACAAACUGCUGCAUCACUGGCCCCUCACAUGUAUGAGCCACACUUCAAUCUCUCCAUUCUCUCUGAAAAGGUAAUUUAUCCCUAUGUAACUCAUCUAAACAGUGCAGUAGUUAAAAGACAGAGUAUAAUCUUCAUGUUAGAGUGUGACAACAUUAUAUUUUUGUACGUUUCCAGAUUGGAGACCUUCAAAGCAGUUACACUGCCGCCCAAAAGUCUGAGGAUUCUUUUCCGGAGCACGUGGACACUCAGCAGCUACUUAAGCAACUUCGGGAGCACUUUGCUGUGCUGUGAGCGUUCGAGCAGCAUGCUAAGGAAGCAAGGUGUGGUUUGGAUAAUGCAGCUGUCAAGAUAAGAGAUACUAAACUGUUGUGUUAGGUUUUGGAACCAAAAGUUAUUACAAAUGAGGUUGGUAAUAGUCAGACAUGGAAAUCAACAAAUUGGUAUUAGUUUUGGUUUGUGUUUAUUUAUCAAAUGGUAUACAGGCUAUACACUUAAUUGCCAGUUUAUUAGGAUUACCUUUAAAUUAAUGUGACAGAGUGUGUUGUUGUGUCCCACUGGAGAUAGUCCUGUGGGGUGCAUUUUCUGUCUAAAUUCUGCACACCAGCAUUGAAUUUGGAUGUAACUGGCCUUGUUCUGGCUUGUUCAUUCUUUUGCACUUUCCUGACCAUUCUCCUUUGAGCCCACUGAUCUUCAAGCUUUUACUUCCUUACAGAAUCCCAGAUCACUGGUAGUUCUUUGCUUUUCACACCAUGCUUAGUAAAUCCUUGCAACAGCAGGGUGUGAAAAGGCCAACAAGACUGCUGUUUGGGGAAGUGGUUAAGUUUACAUAUAGUUUUAUGGUCUAUGUAAUGCUGAAUAAGUUUUGUGGUUUAUGUAAUGCUGACUAAGUUUUAUGGUUUACGUAAUGCUAACUAUCUGGUGCAUUUGCAAGCUGAACAACUAACUGACACUCUAAAUGCUGCUUUGUCACACAACAUAUGACUUGCAGGAUUUUACAAAGGCGGGUGUUCUCCUGAUAAACUGGUAACC